AUGGAUUCCGAGGCAGUAGCUUCGAUCAUCGAAGACCCAGACUUCCGCAUUAUCACUACUCUGAAGCACGUGCAUUUCAACAGCCACGACGUGGCCCAGGCGCCUCAACUCAUUCAGGAGUGGAAGCAAGAAGAAUUAAAGCUACUAUACUUGCAUGGACAGCGACUGAAAACCGCUGCCCAAGCCUGUUCGUGGUCGCGAGUAUGCGUACAGCUUCAAGGCGACGAGGCCGCGCUCGGCCUUUUCCAUACUAUCGAAGAGGCUACAACAACCCAGCAGCCCCAGCCCGCUAAAAGCUUCUUUAGGGAAAUCCGAGUGCGUAUAUUGGUCGAUAGCGGUGGUCAUACCGGUGUUGAGACUGUACCAAUGAGUGGUGAGAAACCACUAGAAGCCCUUGAGAACAAUCCUCUCCACGAGUUGCCAUCCAGCUUUGACGACUCUGGCUGUCGCUUUUCGACUGUCUAUGUUGACUCCACACCCACACCGACCACCAUCUUCACCGCUAAUAAGACGACAUUUCGACAACCAUACGACAACGCACGCUUACGGGCGGGGAUUCUGCAAUCCGCGCCCAUGAACGCCGAGGUCCUCCUCUUCAAUCUACGGCGCGAAAUUACAGAGGCAAGCGUUUGCACGCCGUACUUCUUUCGCGAUGGAGGCUGGGUCACGCCACCGUCUGUGUCUGGCGGGAUGCUUAGCGUAACCAAGUUGAAGGCCUUGCAAGCUGGAUUCUGUGUGGAAAGGCUCGUACCGCUGGAUGAGCUGCGCCACGGUGAGCUGAUCUGGUUGAGUAACGCAGUCAGGGGCUUCUUUCGCGGCAGGAUAUGCAAGGAUACAACAGCCGUGGGCUGA